AACAGAUUCUCCAUUUCACCAUUUUACAAAGCUUUCGAGUUCUCGUCUCUUCUCUGACCUUGCUUGCUAGCCAAGCACCCAUGCAUUACUAGCACUGCAACGCUACAAAGGAAAUAUAGAAUAGUUUCACAUACAAGAUGGACACAAACAAAAUGAGGCCUAUUACAGCUGCAACCAAUUUUGCUGCCACAGGUUGGAAAUCUGCUGAGUGCCGUAGAAUAAUGGUUAACAAAAUUGCAGAUUUUGUACUCAAGAAUGGUCCUCCCUCUUGGAAACAAAAUUUACCCUUGCUUCUAGGGUCUGUAGAAACUUUUGAGGAGAAAGUGUUUGCGUCAUCCAAAGUCGAGGCUGAGUACAUUGCAAAAAUAUCAGAAAAGCUGAAGUCAAUAGCACCAUCACGUCAAAGUGCUGAAAAUCUCUUACCCCAAAACUCUUCUAUCUCAAGAGAAGAAGAAAUUAAAGCAAUCAGAGAGUGGCAAGAACAGGUUUAUCAAAAGGUACAAAUGAUAAAAGCAACAUAUUACACAAAACUUGAUACUUUUCACAAAUUGAUAAGUAGAAAGCUUCAACAGCUCAAGAAUGAGCCUGCUCCUCUACAUCCUAAGACGAUAACUGAUAUGGAGGGAUGCGAACAACAUAAGCGAGCACUGGAAUACACUUUUUUAUUAUUGAAUGUGGACAAAAGCAAGAUUGAUCGCGGUUUCAAGCAGAGACUAGAUAGACUGGAAAAGUACAUACAAGAUGUUUUACAAAAGAAAUACUUCUCUUACUGUCAACAACAAUGUUCUUUUGACGUGCAAUCCAAGCAACAGGUUGAGCCAUCAAAUUCAAUCAGUUCUCAAUUGGAACUAGCUGGAAAGAAACCAGCCUCGCAAGUAAUAAGCCUACCGAGUUCCCAUUUAACAAAGCAGAUUCCUUACCUAACAUUACAAGAGGUAAACCAAUUUUGCAGUUCGCGACAGGGAAAUCAACUGUCUAUGGAAAAAGGUUGUGGAAAUCAUGCAGUAGAACCACAAAUAGGAGUUGAGAUCGAACCAUCCGAAGCUUUUGUGAAUGAACCAGCUGAUAUUCCCGAUGAUACAAGCCCAGCAAUGAAGCACUUUAUUAAAGUGUUUAGGUCAAUGUCAGCUGAAGCAUUCAUAGCUGCAACUGAUGACAUUGGACUAGCACUCCAUUUAAAUGAUGACAUACCAGAAAUUUCAACUGAUGAAAAUGCAAACUUGAAUUGCUACGAUCCUGUUCCAACAGGAAAGAAAAUAAAGCGAUUCUUUAAUUCAACUCCUGCAAGUGGCAGUUCUGGGCAGUUCAUCAGUGCAGAGAAGCCUGCCUCAAUAUCCAAGGAAAUUUAUACUAUCUUAGAAGAAAUAAAAGUGAUAAACAACUUACUGAUAGACACUCAAGUAGUUAUUAGCGAAGGAAACACCAUUACAGGAGUAGCUGAGGGUGCACCAGAACAUGAUGAAGGACUAUUUGUCAAAUUGGUUUUCAAUUCAGUAACUAUUAAUCUACCCCCGACAGCAGAGCAAGCUACUAACAAAGAGUCGAUAAUCAAACCGUUACAUUUGUUUGUUCCCGGGUGUUAUCCACUUCGCUCACCAGUUAUUUCAGAUGAAACACCAUCAGAAAUCAGAGUGGAUGUCGACGUGGACGAUCUGUCAAGUAAAGCGAAUCUGAAACUGAGACUUUCUCUACGAAGCAUGAAUGAGCCUUUGUCACUGCAGAAUAUAGCAGUGUCAUGGGAUCAGUGUGUUAGAGAAGCAAUAUGUGAGUAUGCGCAAAAACAUGGUGGAGGAACCUUUAGCUCUAAAUAUGGAGGAUGGGAGCUAUGUUCCAAUGGUUUUUGACUUGAAGGAGCAUCUAUCCAUGUCCCUAUCAGUCACCACCCCCCAAGAGAUUGCUUUAUGAAAGUGAUCCAAAUACAGCAAUUUGAUCCAAAUUCAGUGCAUAAUGAAUACCUGGUGGUUAGAUACCCUGAAAUUCAUACUUGCAUUUUGUUAACAUGGAAGCAAGUGUUAUUCUGGAUUGUAGAAACAUUAAUUACCCUUGAAUUACAUUUUGUUCAAAGAAUGGUUUUAUAGCCCUAUCAAAUCUUGACCAAGGGAUCUUC